CCCAGCGGAGCUGAUGGGCUGGACCGGCCGCCGGGCGCCCGCUGCGCUCUGAGCCCGGAUCCGAACCCGCCCGGGCCCCGGGAGCGCCGCGCCCCGCGCCGCCGCACAGCCUGCGAGGACGUCCGUCGCAGACCACAGCACCAUGCCUGAGGGAGCCCGUCGAGGCAGCAAGAAGAAAGCAGGCAGUCAAGCGGCCGCCAGACCAUCCUCCGUGUCCUCGCUGAGCGGGAUCGCCGGCGGCAUGGCCGCCGCCGCCAUCUCGGGCAGCUGCACCUCGGUCAACACGGUGUGCUCGGACGGCGAGCGGCCCGUCAGCCUCAGCUCCUCCGCUUCCUCCGCCUCCCUGCCCGACAGCCAGAGCGCCUUCGGCAGCAGCGGGGCCUUGGGCGGGGGCUGCCCCGCCGGCUACCCGCCCGACGCCCAGCAGAACGGCAGCGACAUCAGCCUCGAUCUCACCCCGGUGGCGCUGCUGGAGGGGCCGGCCGAGGGGCCCCCAGGGGGCGCCAAGUGUGGCGGUGGCAAUGCCUGGUCCCCCGGGCCUGCCAGAGCCAGGGAACGGCGGGUCAAGCUGUCCCAGCUGGACCGGGUGGUGCUGGAGAUUGUGGAGACGGAGCAGGCGUACGUGCGGGACCUGAGGAGCAUCGUGGAGGAUUAUCUUGGCUGUAUCAUAGACAGUGGACAUCUGCCCCUCAAACCCGAGCAAGUGAGCGCUUUGUUCUGCAACAUCGAAGACAUCUAUGAGUUCAACAGCGAGCUCCUGGAAGAGCUGGAGAGCAGCAGCAGCGCCCAUGCCAUCGCCGAGUGCUUCGUGCAACGGAGCGAGGAAUUUGACAUCUACACCCUGUACUGCAUGAACUACCCCAACUCGGUGUCGGUGCUGCGGGAGUGCAUGGAGAACCAGGUGCUGGCGGGGUUUUUCCGAGAGCGCCAGGCCACGCUGUGCCACUCUCUGCCCCUGGAGACCUACCUGCUGAAACCCGUCCAGAGGAUCCUCAAAUACCAUCUCCUGCUGCAGGAGCUGGCCCGGCACUGUGAGCGGAGCAGCGCAGGCUACGAGGCGGUGGAGGAAGCCAUCAUCACCAUGACGGCCGUGGCCUGGUACAUCAACGACAUGAAGCGGAAGCAGGAACACGCCGCCCGGCUGCAGGAGCUGCAGGGGCUGCUGGUGGGCUGGAUGGGGCCGGAGCUGGAGGCCUUCGGGGAGCUGGUGCUGGAGGGGCAGUUCCGGGUGCAGCGGGUGCGGCGGGAACGCGCCUUCUUCCUCUUCAGCAAGAUACUGCUGGUUGCCAAGCGCCGCGGGCCGGCCUUCGUCUACAAGAGCCACAUCUUCUGCUGUAACCUGGCCCUGUCGGAGAGCCUCAAGGACCCCCUGAGCUUCAAGAUCUCGGACCUCACCAUCCCCAAGCAGCAGCACGUGGUGCAGGCCAGGAACCAGGAAGAGAAGCGGGUGUGGAUCCAUUACCUGAAGCGUCUGAUCGUUGAGAACCACCCGGCGUCUAUCCCUCAGAAGGCCAAGCAAGUGUUGCUGGAGAACAGCUUCCAAAGCUCCCCGGAGAUCCGCUGCAGCCCGGAGCCCCUGAAGACGCCGGCCCCCUCUCCAAGGAUGGAGGACGCCUGGGGCUUCCCCCGCAGCAGGCGGCAGUCAGAGCCGCCCAAAUUCAUGUGCAGCCCGGAGAGAGCCCGCAAAAGCUGCCCCGUCAUCCAGCUGGACGGCGCCACUCAGUACCGCCGGGGGCGCAGACAAUCCGAGCCGGCCACUGAACUGAGCCAGAUGGGGCAGGAGCAGAACGGUCGCUGUCGGGGGCUCCCGGCCACCCCCAAAUUGAAGCACGCGGGCAGCGAGGGGGAGCUGUUCCCCACCCCACCGCCACUGGCGCUCUCGGGCAGCGUCUGCACCCUGGACUCCAGCGUGGCCGAGGAGUCAGACCCUGGCGAGGACGCCGAGUCGCCCCCGUUCUGCCUGGCCGAGGAGCCGCUGUCCAUCACCGAGGAGAUCCUGGAGCUGCUCACCCAGAGGGGGCUAAGCAGGGACCUGGGGACAGAGGAGACGCCCUGGGGGCAGGGGGAGCAGCGCUCCGGGAGCCCCACUCCACAGCCGGAGCAGGAUCCGCCUCUGAGCCGAGCCGUGCUGGGAGAACGAGCCGAGGGAAGCGAGGUUCAGGAGGGAGAUGCCGCCGGGCGAGACGAGCCCCGCCCUGGCAGCCUCGGCGUGACGCAACCCCUCCCGCCGCGCCGUCCCCCCAGCAGCGAAUCGGAGGAGAAGCAGGAGCGGGGCCCUUCCCCUCUUUGUGUCCUAGAAGACCUGGGUGCAGAAGAGGCCGCUGGCAAGCCAGAGGUCCUGGCAGGGGAUAACGCCCUGCAUGCGGGGCGGGAAGCGUCCAGCGGGGAGCUCGGCUCCACCGAUGGGGCCUGCCCCCCGUACAGGGAUGGGUCAGCGCGGGACUCGCCGCUGACCCGAGACGACCGGCUGCUGAUUGAGAAGAUCAAGUGCUACUACGAGGCGGGCGAGGCUGCCCCAGACUCCCCCGCUCGGGAGGGCGCCCUCUCCGCCCCCGCCGGCGUGGUGCGGGACUCUGUGCUCCACCUCAACCGCCUCCCCCAGCAGGAGGGUGCCAUGGACCGCGAGGGGGGCGGGGCUUCUUGGGCCAAGGCCCGCCCUGCCCGCCAGGAGGAUGCUAGGAGGAGGUGGGGCCAGUUUCUUGACCAAAACACCACCCCUCAUGACGCCAACCAAGAGGAUUCUGGGAAGGGAGAGGGCCCGGCCUUUGAUCAAGGCACUCAAUUUGGUGCCAACCAAGAGGCCCACGAGGAUGCUGGGAAGGGACAGGACCAGCCUAUCAACCCAGACAUCCAUGGCACCAACCAAGAGGAUGCGGGGAAGGGGCAGGACCAGCUCACCGACCAAGGCACCGAAGCUGACGCCAACCAAGAGGAUGCUGGGAAGGGGCGGGACCAGCCUGCCAGCCAUGUUGCCCUGCCCCCUGCCAGUCAGGAGCCCGAGUACAAGUCGUGCGCGGAGAUCCGGCGGGCCUGGCGGGAGAAAGAGCAGGGGGCGGCGGAUGCCCUGGGAGCACGCACCCCCCGCGUGAAGCAGGGCAGCAAAGGGCCGGCGGCCGCCCGCGAGCCCCCACCGUUCCUGGAGCCCCUGUGGAUUGUGGAGGAAUCGGAUCUGGCUGCCCCGCCCCGGCUGUCCCGUGGCGACGCGGUCCCUCGUGCCGAUGGUGUCCCGCCCGCCGGCUACGCCCCCCUGCCAGGGUUAUAUGAGGACACUGCCCCUUGCCUGCUGGAGAACUCGGAGCGGAUCCUCAGCAAGGUGCAAGCCCUGGCGCGGAUGUACAGCGAGAAGAUCAGCCGGGCCAAGACGGCCCGGAGGCCGCAGGACGGGCCGCGCCGCCCGGCACCCAGCAGGAUGGGCACCCUGGAAAGCCUGCGGGAGGAGAUGCCAGGGCCCUGCCUCCCUCGCUGCGAGCCCCGGCUUUACGGCCACGUGCUCAUCCGCGAGCCCUCCCUGCACGUGAACUGCGUCCAGGAGAACGUGCUGCUGGUGGCCGCCGCCCGAGGGAACGCCCUGGAUCUGCGCAGCGACCGGCCUGCACCUCUCCUGGCUUCCCGGUGCCUGGGUUCGCCCCCGGCAGAGGAGCCGGGAGCCGCCCGGCAGGAGCCUCCCCCCCCGCUGGUGGAAUCGCCCCCGAAGCUCAGCGGGGACCCCCCGAGCCCAGGCGAUCCGGUUGGGGAGGGCCCCAUCAUGGGCAGCUCUGCCCCGCCGGCUCCUGACGCUACCAGUGGAACUGGCACGACACCCGAAGCCAGGGACUUUGAGGGAGCCGGGUGCCCGUCGGUGCCUAGCUGCCGAGCCGAGCUGGCGGUCUGCGGGCGCCAGGGUGAGCCAAGCGCCAGGGAGGUUUCUGCGGAGACGGCAGCCUCCUCUCCCUUCUGGGAAGCGGCCCCGAGCCAGCAGGCGUCGGAGGUGACCGGGCUGGUCCCAGCCGCCUCCCCCAGCCCUGCGGCGGAACGGCAGCCUGCGUGUGUCGGCACGUCCACCGAGCCCGACCCGCUGGGGCCGGGCCCCUCCAUCCCUGGCGCUGGCCCCCCGGAGCCGGCGGGGGAGCAGAGCGGGCCCGUCGCCGUCCUGCUGCCAGAGGAGCGAGCCCUGGCUUUGGGCAGGGAUUCCCGGCCUGGUACUGAGGAGCUGCUCCCCCAGCCAUCGCCGGGGCCCGUCCGCUGCGGGACUGGAGAGGCGUCCCUGUCUCCCGCGCCGGACCCUGUCCCGCCGGCGGCGCCCUCCAGUGCUGCGGGAUCCCCGUCUCCGCUCCACAGCAACGGCCUGCCCCUGGCAGCUCUGCCGUGCCGGGGCACCUGCCUGCCUUCCCGGGCCACGGGAGUGGCACGCCCGUCCCCGGAGCUGUCCUCAGCUGCAGCUGCCCAGCCCAGCCGCUCCGCGGCCCGGUCGGCUCCCGCUUCGCCCAGCUCCGGCCCCCUCCCGGCUCUGCCGCGCCUCCAGACCUCCUCCCCGGCACACCGGCGCCUCUCCUCCAGCGCCGCGGCCAUCUCCAGGUACAUCGCCGCCUCCUGCAUCAGCCAGAGCCUGGCCAAGAGAAAUGGUGCCCCCUCGGGGCCACCUGGCACCCAGCCACCGCUGGCAGAGACCUCGGCACCCACCAGGCCUCUGCCUCCCUGCUCAGCCAUCCCGAGACCGUCCUCCUGCCCCUUGGGGCCACCUGGCACCCAGCCUCCGUCGACAGAGACCCCAGCACCCACCAGGCCUUUGCCUCCUUGCGCAGCCGUCCUGAGACCAUCCUGCCCCUUGGGGCCGCCUGGCAUCCAGUCUCCGUUGACAGAGACCCCGGCACCCACCAAGCCUCUGCCUGCUUGCGCAGCCGUCCCAAGACUGCCCCCCGGCCUCUUGGGCUCCAGAGCUCCAGCCCCACCAUCUGCUCCAUUCCCCAGUGAGAAGGCCAACGCCUGGUCCCAUGGUACCAGCAAGCGGGACCCUUCCCAGCUCAGCGUCUGCCCUUCCCCCUGUGCCAGCCCUGGGUCGCCCUCUCCCCCGGGCUGUUGCCGCGAUUCCAGCUGGCUGGGGGAGCCCAUCCCCUCGGCGUCUGGCUCGGCCGUGCUGCUGGCCUUCGACCGUCUCUCGGGGACGUGCCCGGUCCCCCGGGCUAAGCAGCCCGCCCCCUUCUCCUCCGCUUCAGAGCCCAGCUCCAGGGUCCAGUCUCCAGCGCCGGCGUGCCCCCGGGUGUGCUCCCCCCCUCCCUCCAGCCAGCGCCACGCAGUGGGAAGAGCUGGCUGCGCCCCCCCCCGGCCUUGCUCCUUUGCCCCCUUGCACGUCCCCACACAGCCUUCCACCUUCCGCCUCUCCUCCCCCCUGCAGCCCACCUCCCAUCCCUCCGCCACGCUACCUCAGCCAGGCAGGAGGCCGAGGGGAAACCCCGAGAGCCCUCCAUCCCCUAGAGACGGAGACAGGGUGGGGUGCUGCUCCGGGGCGCCCCCUAGCAACUCAGCCAGUCCCAGCCCCGACGAACUGGAUGGCAUCAAGUGGCCAGACGUCCCGGGCUUGCGUUCCAGGUACGCUGACCGGGCGGGCAGCAUGGGGCCGCCAGGCUCGCCAGAGGAGUACCCCAAAGCGAGAGCGGACUUGGCUCGGGACACGGGACCCCAUCGGGCCAGCUACUCCACCACCGUCAACAUCCAGAUCGGGGGCAGCGGCCGGAUCGCCUCCUUCAGCAACGCUCAGGUCAGCCUCACCCACCCUCUGCUGGCGGCGCCCGGGCAGCACGGCGCUAGGCGGAUCAACGGCAGCACCUUAGAGACCCCGCAGAAAACGUGACGGGCCAGGUCGGGCGGGAGGGGGGGCGGUUUACAGCCACGGCUGCAGGAGCGCUCCUGGCUCUGCACGUGCCCGGGACCAGUGGUAAUAUAUUUCUGGGGCUGGCUGGUAUGUGGGGGGGAUGAAUUGUUAUUGACCCACUGGGGUUGGCAGGGGUGGGGCCAGAUCCCCAGCUAGGGUAAUUUGGCCGUACUCUAUGGACACCAGCUGGGGAUCUGGGCCCAUUGACCCCACUGGAAUGAGGCCCAUUGAUACUAGCUGGAGAUCUCGGUCCAUUGACCCUAAUGGAGCGAUGCCCAUUGACCCCCAGUGGAAUAAGGCCCGUUGAUACCAGCUGGGGAUCUGGGUCCAUUGACCCUAAUGGAGUGACGUCCAUUGCUCCCCAAUGGAAUGAAGCCCAUUGAUGCAAGCUGGGGAUCUGGUUUCCUGAGUGACUUCAGAGGCACAGUGGGGUGGAUAAGGCCAGCUGAACGCGAGAGUCCAUCCGUGCAAUUAAGCAACUGUUUCCAGGCCAGGAGGGAUCAGCGGGGCCCGGUCUGUAAAAGCCGUGUGCCCCCAACUGAUUGUGCUGGUCCCAGCCAGGUGGCCACAGCUCCCACAGGCCAACAGGCAAAGUGCUCUACCCCCUGCAAGCCCCGUUGCGAGGCAGACGGCAUUCAGUUCUGGCUCUGGGUUGUUUUAACCGCCUGGUUUGUUCCUCGGCUGGUUGGGCCUGCAUCGGGACCAAAGUGAGCGGUGUGGGUGUUUGUAAAGAGGAGUGGGCACUAGAGGGACACAAACGCACACAGAAGACUAGCCAGCAGGAGCGUGCACGGUGCAGUACGGACACAUGCACACCUCUUUAGCCAGCAGGGGGAUCUGCAUGCACAGCCGCCUAGCCAGAAGGGAGCAGUGUGGACCCACAGAGAGCCAACAGGGGGCAGUAGGAAUACACCCAAUUAUUUUCCUCUAAGUGUGAAAACCAAAGUGUCUUCCGGGCCAAAUCCUUGCUUCAGCCAAACUCUCCUUGAAGCAGCCCAGGAGAGCGGGGGCAGCAGGCAUGGGGAAAGCCAUUGUCCUGGUGUAGAGCCACCAGCCCCGCCGCAUCUGGCCCCGUUGAGCUGUAUGGAGCCUGGCUCAGAUCGCUAGACCCAGGAGUCAGGUUCAGUCUUUGGACUCUGGCGCAUUGAGAUCUGAGCUGUGGCAGCCACACACCAUCCCUGUUGUGCCUUCGCUCUGGUGUCCCCGGGCAGAAACCCAGCUCCACCCAGGUCCCUCUGAAACCUGCGUGAGAUGUUGGCCAGGGGUUGUAUUCCCAGUUCUGCUACAAACUCCUAGUGUGUGAUUGUGGUCUAGCCACUUAAUCUGCCCUGUGCCUCAUUUUCCCCCAUGGGGAUUGUGGACUCUUUGGGGCAGGGUGUGUAGCUUGCUCUGGGCACGGCAUACAUCUCAAUGUUCCCGGGUGCUACUGUAAUUAAUCUAAUAUAAACCAAAACGACAGCUCUGGUGAGCAGAAGCGGGUGCUGUUUAGCCUCCAAUCCCUCAAAAGUCUAGGAAGUGGAAGUUGCUUUCUCUGCAAGGGAACCACAGAUGUGACCUCAACACACACGUAAGAGUUGACCCCAGGGUGUGCUGGAAAUGUCAAGGCAGCCACACGUCCGUCUCUUUCCGAAGCCUAAAUGCACCUUAAAUUCAGAAAAUUUCCCCAUAAAAAUUGCAGUGGGACAGUUGGGUAGAACUGUUUUUUUUUUAAGUAUUUGUAUCAGAUCAACAUUGAAAUCAUGUCCGUUUAAAUCAGCUGGGAAUCUGGCCCCAUUGACCCCAGUGGAACGAUGCCCCGGCUCUUAAUCCCUACAGAGUGGCAACGGGUCCAGAUGACUCCAGAAUGAUUUUUUCCCCCUCCCUACACCCAUAAAACCUGUAACUCAAAACCACCCCUCCGUUUCUUCCUAGCUUUCCCUGGAGCGGAGUUGCUGUGAGAUUCUAGUUGAUCUCUCUGACCAGUUCAAGACGCAAAAUAAAUUUGCUUAAAUAUUGCAAGUAAAAUCCCUCCAGACGUAGCAAUCCUGGGUUGUGAUUUGGAUGAAACUUCUUGGAGUGUUUGAAUCCCUGCUCGUUUGCCUUGAAAUUAACAAGGGGAAAUCAUAGACGUGUGUGUGUGUGUUUCCUUUCCCUAAAAGAGGAAAUCAGGAAGAGGGGGGCAAUGAAACGAGAAAAAUGAAAUAAAUAUUGGCUCCUUAGAAAAGCGGGUACAGUUAUUUCUGGGUUUUUUGCCAUGAGUUUUUCUGCUUCGUUUCUAAAGCUGGAUUGCACAAGGAGAUUUUAAAUUGAAGCAGCAGGUAGUUAAAGAGACUCUGGUAUUGAAUAUCGAGCCUUCCAGAUGGAACCAUUUAGCUACAUGUUUCGACAAAUUAUUUCACAGCCCACCAUUUGGGGAGGAAAAAAAAAAUCUCUCUAGGGUUAUUACCUCCUUUACUGCCUGUAAUGUAUGAGCCUGCAUGUUUUCGUCCCUUUGAGAGGCAACUUUUUUCGCUUCUGACUGCUAGGGGCAAUGCGAGCCUUGGGCAAUCCGUCCAAGAUGUCACGGCCAGUUUUCAAAUGCUGUUAAUUUCCUUCUCGUGUAGGUUUUUUUUAAAGGCCAGAAGGCACCAUUCUGCCCUUCUGUAUAAUCCAGGCAGCCACCUGAGCGAGAGCCAGUCUUUAGCAAGAGGCACCUGGUCUUGAUCUAAAGAUUCAGAGAGAGAGAAUCUGCCCGAUCGCUUGGGGAACCUCGCCAGGGGUUAGCCCCUUGCCCCAUUACAAACUUGCUGCCCGCUCCCUGUUUCCAGUCCGAAUGUGUCUUGCUUCAGCUCCCUCCUGCUAGGUCUUGUUCUGCCUUUGCUCAGUUAUAAAGCCCUCUGCUCUCAACGAAGUCCUCCCCGUGGAGGUCUGACUGCCCUUUUUGACUCAAGCAGCCAGUCAAAGCUGGGGGCCCUGCAAUUGGGCAGAGAAAUUGACGAUAGAAUCCGGCACCUUUGAGGCAAUCUUGUUUAUUUGCAAGGGGCCGUACAAAGUCCUGUUUCUCUGAACACAGUCAGAUCCCAAAAACGGGAGGUCGCUUCCUUCCCUGCAGCAGCACACAUCCUGGGUGUGUGUGUGUGUGUCUCUCUCUCUCUCCUUGGGCCAUGCCCCCAAGACACUUACCCCGAAACCGAUACUCUGCCAAACUCCCCUCCACCGAAGGCUUUCGGAUUCCUGAGUGGCUAUGGUUUGCCGCGGUCUUGGAGCGUGCUGUUGUAUCUUACGUUGAACCUGAAGGAAGGGCAGCGGUUAGCUCAUCACUUUCAGGGGUUUUAACCCAACCUAGGGCAGUACUUCGAGCCCGACAUCACUUCGUCGCCUCGGUUAAUGAAAUCAACUGAGCUUCCCCAGCCCUCACCUUGCUCUUGUAGCUCCUCUUCGUUCAUGGAGCGGACUCUGAUCUCACUUCCACCUGGUUUAUGUCGAGGGGGCACCAGACUGGAGCUGAGCCGAGGCCCGUCUCGCCCGGUAUCCCGGCUCUGGGGGUGGCCAGCGCCAGGUGCUGAGAGCAAAGUGGAAGAACCCCGCAGGGGCAGAUGGGAGAUCAGCUCCCCCCUCUCCGCCACAUUAGGUCUCUGUCUCGUCUCUCAUAGUCCGAGAUCGUCUUAAGCCCUGAAGCAUGGGGUUCUGUCUCCCUCAGUAUGGUUGUAAAUCGAGCCACUCCCCCAGGGUAUUAUUAUUAUUGUCUGCAUCAGAGUAGCACCUAGGACCAGGACAACCCCUCUCCACAUGCCAAACAAUGCGUGUUUUCAUUGCUAUUAGGUGUAUUACGGUAGCACUCAGGCACCCCAGUCAUGGCCCAGAUCCCAUUGCACCAGAAGCUGUAUGUUUCUAUUAGUAUUAGUUAUAUUACGGUAGCACCCAGGAGCCCAGUCAUAGUCCAGGACCUCCACUGUGCCAGGUGCUGUACAUUUGUUUGGCUAUUAGGUGUAUUACAGUAACACACAGUGCCCAGUCAUGGCCCAGGACCGCGUUGUGCCAGGUGCUGUAUAUUUUUAUUGCUAUUAGGUGUAUUACGGUAGCACCUAGUUGCCCAGUCAUGGCCCAAGUCACUGUUGUGUCAGGUGCUGUACAGACACAGAACUGUCCUAAUUCCAGUGUCUUCCUGUGGGGGGCUUGUCCCGCUGCAGAGGGGUGAAUCUCAGCCCCAGGGAUGAAUUGUGGUGGAAGUGGCCCUUCCUUCCCCUCCCACCCCCCCCCCGCAGG